AUGUACUGCAUGAUAUGUCCUUUUAAUUUUCCAGGUAGAAACAAUGACAGCUAAGAAGAUGCUUUGUGAAAUAUUGAAUGAUUUGAGUCCAGAGGAGCUUGACAAAUUCAAAUCACUCAUUGAAUUGGAGAAAGACAUCCCACCCAUCUCAAGGAGUCGGCUGAAAGCGGCAAACACACAGGACACAGUGGAGCUGAUGAUGGAGACGUACAGUGAAGAGUGUGUGGAGUUGACCAAAAAGAUUCUAAAGAAGAUGAACAGGACCGAUCUGGUGCAGAGAUUAUCAGACACUGGCUCAGGAAGCAAAGAGAAACAGCGGCCUUCACUGAUCCAGAGAGUGGAAACAAUAGCAUCUGUCAUAAAGCAGCUUUUGGAAACACUGGCUGGUAUGGGUGACAAGGAGCUUGAGAAGUUCAAGAAGGUCCUGAGUCAAGUUCACCAACAUGAACACUUCUCAGAUAUCCAAAGGAGGCUGCGAAAUACAACAGACGUGCAGGACACUGUGUUUUUAAUGGUGCAGAUUGAUGGCCAACAGUCUGUGGAGACAACUAAGGAGGUUUUAAAGAAGAUGAAGAGGACUGAUCUGGUGCAGAAGUUAUCAGACAGCAGCUCAGGACCCAAAAAAAAACACUCAGUGGAUGAACGCCUGUCUGCACUGAUCCACAAAGUGGCAACAGUGAGGGCUGUCAAAGAGCUGCUUUUGGAAACACUCAGUGAUUUGAGUAACGAGGAGAUAGAGAAAUUUCAGUGGUUGCUGCAGUUCACGUUCUUCCAGAGGAGCAUUGAACUCCUCUCAUGGGGUGAACUGAGCCCUGCACACAUCCCAGGGAUCCAACAGCAGGAGACUUCCAUGAUACACGAUGUGACUGAUGUGAUGUUGGAGAGAUGUGGUCAACAGUCUGUGGAGGUGGCCGUGGAGGUUUUGAUGGACAUGAACAGGACUGAUCUGGUGCAGAGGCUGUCAGAGACCAGCUCAGGACACAAAGCUGCAGGAUCAUCAGCUGAAGCUUUUGGUGUGAGUACCAUGGAAGGAGAGAAACACUGUGUGGAUGAACAUUGUCCUGUACCGAUCCAGAGUGUGGAGACGAUGACGUCUGUCAUAGAGCUGCUUUUGGAAACACUGGCUGGUUUGAGUGACGGGGAGCUCGAGAAGUUCAAGAAGGUCCUCCUGAGUCAGCCUGACUUCCGCAGAGGCCUCUCAGACAUGUCACUGAUGCUGCCAGAAAUAAAAGACAGGCAGGUCACAGUGUUUUUAAUGGUGCUGACUGACGGCCAACAGUCUGUGGAGAUGACCAAGGAGGUUUUAGAGAAGAUGGAGAGGACUGAUCUGGUGCAGAGGUUGUCAGACAGCAGUUCAGGACCCAAAAAGCAACACUCAGAUGAACACAGAUCUGCACUCAUACAGAAAGUAGCAACAAUGGCAGCUGCUAUACAGCUGCUUUUGGAAACUCUGAAUGGUUUGAGUGACAAGGAGCUCGAGGAAUUCAAGGAGUUCCUGCAGUGGAUUAUCUUCAGAAAGUACCAAACAGAAAUGUCAUCACCAUUCAGACUCACAGAAGACAGAACAGAAUUAGUGGGUCUGAUGUUGCAGACCUACAGCCAACAGUCUGUGCAGUUAACCAGGGAGGCUGUAAAGAAAAUGAACAGGACUGAUCUGAUGCAGAAGUUUUCAGACAGCAGCUCAGAACUCAAAGAGAAACACCCUGUAGGUGAACAUCAACCUGAAGUGUUGGGGGAAGCAGCAGCAAUGGAAGCUGUGAAGAAGAUUCUUCUGGAAACACUAAAAGAUUUGAAUAAGAAGGAGCUCAAGAAAUUCAACUCAUUACUGCAGUUCACGUACUUCCAGAAGGGCCUUCCACUUACCUCAUGGAGCAGACUGAAGCAGGCAGGCAGUGCAGCAGCAUUAGUGAGUCUGAUGGUGGAGAACCAGCAGUCUGUGGAGGUGACCAAGGAGAUUUUCAUGGACAUGAACAGGACCGAUCUGGUCAAGAAGUUGUCAUCAGUCAUCAGCUCAAAAAUCAAAGAUUACAACCCUACAGUCACAGUUUUCUCCCCCAAAGCGGCACUGAUGAAAUUUGGCUUUUCAGUGAAAAUGAACUGUGUGGUGUUAAUAUACAAGUCCAACAGACCAUUCCUCACAUUCCAUGUUUACCUGAUCCCACAAGAUCCUGCUCUACAACAGGAAGUGGACAAGAGGGAAUUAUCUUAUGGAUUCACAAAAAUCCUAAAACCACAUCCAGAGAAGCCCCUGAAAAUGCGUGAUCGUUUCAUCCUAACAGCAGAUGUGGAUGGUGCAGAAAUUUUCCCUGAAAUAUUAAUGCUCAGCUAUGACAGCACAGACCCAGACUUCUAUGAAGUGUUAAUCAAAAAUCCAGACAAAAAAACAGACUUUAAGCUCAUGCUCACACCAAAAAAUGGGCAUCAGCCAGUUUGGACCUGUAAAAUUCGAAAAGAUGACUACCAAAGGAGCACUGGUCUUUUACAAGAGAAACAUAAGUCUGAACCGCUUCACAAGGAAGUGACACCACUAAUGGAGAAGCUUUUGGAAACACUCAAAGAUUUAAGUUAUGGGGAGCUCGAGCAAUUCAAACAUGUCCUACAGCACACUACAAUGAAGAAAGGCCUCCCAAAAAUCUCAAGUCAGAGAAUGGAGAUGGCAGACAGAGAUGAAAUAGUGAAGCUGAUGGUGGAGAUCUAUGGCGAGCAGUCUGUGGAGGUGACCAGGGAGGUUUUAAUGGAGAUGAACAUGACUGAUAUGGCAGAGAGGUUGCUAGAAAUCAGCUUAGGAUCCAAAGGGCCUUCAGGAAGCUUGGAGUUUGAGGGUUGUGGAAGUGUUACGCAGGACUCCAGUGACUGGACUAAACUUGAUCCUGAAGUGAACUGUACAGAUGCUGAUGAGGCUCCAACUUACAGCCUACAGUCUGGAGCAGGAAACUUUGAAUGCAGUGUCUCUGGCUUGCGCUGGGUCUGUAAGGAAAAGGUCAGCUUUAAGUACCAGUUUUGCUCUUUGAGUGGACACUUGGAGAGGAUUGAAAGCAUGAAGUACAUGCCUGCAGGGCCCCUGAUGGACAUCACAGUCAUUGCUGGGAAGUUAGAUGUAGUGUACCUGCCACACUGGAUCUGCAUAGAUGACAAUCCUACAAUAUUAGACAAGUUUGCAGUCCUACACAUAGAUGACUGUGGAGAUGCUGUGGAAAAAGUGUCUGAGGUCACAUCGUCCCAUGUCAAGCUGUCUGAACCAGUUUUCUCUCUGAAAAUGGUCCUGGUGAAAUUAGGCCUUCCAGUUGAAAUAUACUGUAGGGUGUUAAUAUAUAGCAAGGUCCUCACAGCAUCAUCUCAAACAUCCCUCACACUUCAUGUUUACCUGAUCCCUCCUGAUCAGGAUCUAAUAAAGGAAUUGGACAAAACGGAAAUAUCUGAUAGAUACAAAGGAAUCCGAAAGUCAAAUCCAGCGAAGCCCCUGAAAAUGCAUGACUGGUUCAUCUUAACAACAGAUCUAGAUGGUGCAGAAAUUUAUCCUCAAGGCGAGGCACCCCAGACAUUAAAGCUCAGAUAUGACAGCACAGAUCCAAACUUCUAUGAAGUGGUCGUUAAAAAUCCAGACAAAGACUUUAAGCUCAUGCUCACACCAAAAAAUGGGCAUCAGCCAGUUUGGACCAGUGAAAUUCUGAAAGGUGAAUGGCAAAGCACUGGCCAUGCACAAGUCACAGAGACAGCUGGACAAUCCUCCAUGCCUGGUCCAAGUUACAAGAAACACUCAGUGGACAAACACCAGGAAGCAGCAAUCGCAGCGGAGAGAGAGAAGCUUCUGAAUAUGCUGAAAGAGUUGAAAAGUGAAGAGUUCAAAGAAUUCAAGUGGAGCCUCCCACGCAUCACAGAGAGCCAACGGCAGAACACUGACAGGGUAGACCUGGUUAAUCUGAUGCUGCAGACCUACACCCAAGAGUCUGUGGAGGUGGCCAAAGACAUUUUAAAGAAAAUUCCCAGGAAUGAUCUGGUGCAGCUGUUGUCAGACACCAGCUCAGGGUCAGAAGAGAAACACUGAUCCAGACCAUGAGCACAGCAUGUCUGCCUGACUCUGCACAACACAGCUUUCAUUCAAACAUGCUGGAUGAAACUCAUUGUCACCUUGAACUGAUCAAUUAUGAUACAAACCAAAAUUUUCAUCAUGAUAAAGCUGUCGCAGAAGUGAGGCUGUAUUAUUCUCUUCAACAACAAUGUGUUCUUCAUAACGUAACGAUGCAGUGAUCUCAUUGAGGAACUCACAAGGAAAUGUGAGUUUUUAUGCCGCUGGGGCUGAGGCAUAUUGUUUUUGGGUUAGCUGUCCGUCCAUUUGUCUGACUGUCUGUCUGUCUGUCCCACUCACAUGAACACAAUACCUCAAGAAGGCCUCGAGGGAAUUUCUUCAAAUUUGGCACAAAUGUUCACUUCACAUGAACUGAUUUGAAUUUGGUGGUCUAAGGUCAAGGUCAGUUCACGGCUUUGGCCAUAACUCAAGAUGUUAAUGUAUGACACACUAUUUAAAUUUUUCAGCAUUCAUUUUUUAAUAACAUACUAUAUUAUGACUUUGUAUUGUUAUUUAUACCAUGUCACCUGACUUUUGCCUUAAUGUGGAACCUUCCUCUCAUGAAUUUAUGACUUCAUUGGUGUAAACUGUGAGAGCAACGUGAGCAGUGUUAUAACACUUUAUUAAUGCAGGAUGUAAAAAUUACUGAAGUCUGGAGGAUUGUGUUUUUUUUCUUUCUUUAUCCUGUUUUGUUUCAUUUUAUUUUAUCUUCAAAUCCAAUUCAUAUGUGUUUUUAUAUUUGAGUAUAUAUUUUCUUAAAAUCUUUUCAUGUCUUAAAUUAAGCACAGUUUAUUUUCUGUCGUCAUUUAUAUGGAUAUACUGUGUCCUUUGAAUUCACCAGGUUGUAACAAUGAUGGCUAUUAAUUUUUUUUUACAGGUGGAGAGUCAUUAAAAAAAACUGUUCUGAUAAUUGUUUAAACCAUUUUUCACGCAAAAACAUUAAAUGGUUCUAGCUACUUAAAUAUGAGGACUUGCUGCUUUUCCUUUAAAUUAGUUUAAUAAUUUUAAUCUUUUAAAUGUGUUUAAAGUUCUCUGCAUUGAGUCCUUUUACUCUUAAUAUUUAAAUACAUUCUCCUUGUUAUACUGACAUACUUUUAUUAAAGUAACAUUUUCAAUGCAGGACAAUUACUAGUAACAGAGUAUUUUUAAAGUGUGGUAUAAGUACUAAUAGUAAGUAAAGGAUCUGAAUACUUCCUUCACUGAUGCUGAAAAGUCAAAUGUUUUGUCACUGCUGUUUUUUUUGUUUUCCAGUAAGCCAGCACUGACUGUCUGUAAAAUCACAUUUUUUUAAGUCUAUUAUAUAACAUUAACACAUUCUCACUCCGACCUCGUCACACAUCAACAUUUGGUCAUGGACUUUCCACGUCCACAUACAGUGUGCAAGGUACCCUGGGUGUGUUGGUUGUUAACGUUGUUAACGUUCUGUCAAGUUCUGCCUGUUACAUGCAUUGUCUUCUUCCAAGAUACGCUUCCGUUUUCACAGGAAAUGUACAGUUUAUCUACAGUCUUUAGAUACUCCACCGUCCCUCCGCCUCGCUCCCUGCAACUGUGGACUGCUCCCCAGGAGGAGAGCAGGCAGCAGCUCGGGAGAUGGACUUUCUGGCGGUGGCUGUAGCAGCUGCGAUUAGAAACAUUUUCUCUUCAUCGCUUAAACACCAAGCUAAUUAUCGACACUAGGGAUGCACGAUAAUAUCAGCACGUCAUCAGUACUGUCCAAUAUCGGCUUUAAAAUGAGCUGUCAGAAUUGGCCACCAUGCUCUUUGUUAUUUUGAACAAAGAAUGAAUAUUACAUACAUUGAAAAGCAUUGUAUUUCAUGUCUCCAUCUGCUGGUGGGCCAUCACAAGUAGAGUGUGUAUAAUAUGAUGUUAAUUCCACUGCAGAAGAGACUUGAUGAUCACUAGAAUUGGGUGGAUAAUUAAGUGGAUAUAUCUGUCAGUAUUGGUUAUUGGUCAGAUGAGUUGUUCCACAUUGGCAUAUUGGAUAUCGGCAAAAAAUCCAAUAUUGUGCGUUUCUAAUUGAGUGCUGCAUCAUUUCAUGUUCACCCACACAAAGCCACAGAAGUGAGUAAUAGUUACUUUUCUGUUGCUAUUCAAUGUAAGAUAAUACGACAACUGUUCAGAUAAUUGUGUGGAGCUCAUCUAACACGUGUUGUUUCUUUUGUUAUUUUCUCAGUAGCCUACAAUAUGAUACCUUCCUCACGAUAACAGUGUUUUUCCAUCUAGCCACUGUCUGGCAAUUAGAGAGGGCUACGUCUGACGUGUGGCUGAGAGAGCUAUAGAGACCAUGGGGAACAGCCUUGGUGUUGAUGAUAUCUACAUCCACUGGUUCAGCUGAGGUGGUCUAAGGUGGAAGAGCCUUCUCCCCUAGUCUCUACAACCAAGAGCAGUCCCAGCAGCAGGUCAAGCAGUAUGUUUCCAAAUUUGUUUUUGCAACAGUUUCAUUCAAUCUCCAAGCUGUCCUUGUUUUUUGUUGCAUAACCCUUUGUUGGCACAUGUGUGAAAUGCCAGGAGACGACGCAGCCCCCCUCCCGACCCCACUACUGCAGGACUGCUUGGUUUGCUCCAGGUGCUGACACCGGGUAGGAUUUGAACCCACACUUUGGGCAACUGGCAUCUUAAUGCGCACUGAGACUUUUUCUCCAUAUUUAGGCAUUGGGCUUUAUAAAAUUCACUUGGCCUGGAUAAGGAUUGAACCUUCAACUUUGUGAUCUCCAAGCAGCCCUUCAACAGCCUGAGCUAUUCCUCCUCACACUUAAACUGUGUUUAACAAAGCCUUUCACUCUCUCCUCUGGACAGCAGCCUUUAAAAUUCACUGAGCCUCAACGAGGGUCGAACUUCGAACCUUGUGAUCUCCAAGCAGCCCUCAUCUGAAGGGUCCACCACAACUGCUCUGGCUACUUUGGUGCCCUCGAGGAGUAAAGUAGCCCUGUGUCCCUUUGGUAAAGGGUGGCCCUGGUCUUCUGUUGCUGGUCCCUCGGGUUGCAAGGGGUAGCUGUAGAGGUGGGGCAUUGGAAGAUCCAGAUCCAGAUCUUAAGGUGGAGACAUGCCGAAGCUGAGCCCCUCCUCUUGAGAAUUCUGAAGGCGUGGGAUGUCACUGUGGCAUAAGUGCAGCACACAGAGGAGGGAGGUGGUCAAAGAAAAUAGAUAGAGAUAGCCAAUCAGGAGCCGAGAAUACAUAUAUUAGACCUUUGUU